UCGGAACGAAGGCAGUUGGUAGUUGAUUUUUGAAAAUGAUGAACGUGAAGCUUAAAUCAGGAAACGUUUGUGUUGCCAAUUGUGGAGACGUUGGAGAAAAGUUUCAGUGAACAUCUUCGUUAGUAAACGAAUUAGGAACUGUAAUCAGGGAAAGUAUUCAUUGCACGAUUGCGUAGUUGAAUUUGUGAAGAUUCGUCAUCUUUGUGUGGUUUUUCGGGCAUAUUUUAGUUACACGUGAUGACGAACAGUGAAUUAUUUUAAAGUGCAUUAUGUAAUUCCGUAAAUAAAGAAUAACUACUUUGGUAACCAUAGAACUGUAUGUGGUGAGCGAAGUGUAAAGAAUUCAACUGACUGCGCUUGUUAUUUUACCAGCUGUAGUGAUUAUUGUAGACGACUUUGUGCACAUGCUAGCGUGAGCACAGUAAGGGUGAACGAACUUGAAAAAUGUGUUGGGAGAUAAGGAACCUCAAGCUUGCAAAUAGAUGUGAAAGUUUUAGCUAGUGAUUGAUAAAAUGUCGUAGGAUUAGAAGUAUUUUUCGGACGAGUGGCUAUUAGGACAGGUGCGAUCACGCGAAGAACUUCGUUAUGUGUGAUCCGCCGAGGGCAUUCCUUGGUGCAGUGCAAAACCCCGCUUCGAGUAACGCCCGGAGAGGCCCGAGAGGUCUUCGUGGGGCGGGGAGCGACCGGCCCUGCGGGCUGGCGCACGGCGACGGCGUUGAGGAGGGAGGCGGCCCAAGGCCAUCGGAACGGCAGCGGGACAAGGUCACGAAGGAAAGGGAAUAUGCGCUGCAGUGUUUCACGGAGGUGAAUGAAACAAUACAGGACGUUAUUAAAGAUACACAGUCCAUUGACUGUGGGGGAGAGUAUGCGGUUGCUGCAGGGUGCGUGUUGGACUGCCUUUUUAUGAAAAGGGGAGAGCUUCUGAAAUCAGGAGAGUUGAGUCCGGACACUCCGCCUAUUUGGCCUAAGACGUACAGAAAUUUGUACGUCCAAGUGAUAUACCCCUCUUGCAAUGCAUAUGUGUCAGCAGUUCCAAUGUGCAGCAAAACCUGGACGUACAAGAAAUGCCUCAAGCAGAGAAUGAAUCACCGGAUGAAAAGUAUGAUGAGCGAAGAAGUAAAAGGUCUUAUAAGUCGCUGACCCCACAGUAAUUACUAAUAUAAGUAUGCAGAAAUAUAUAUGUCCUCAUUGUAAGCUGUAUUAUUAAAAUUGUGUAUUAUUAUUUCAGAAACAGUUAAACUCUGUAUUCUCGUUUAUAAGUAAAACUGUUUAAGAUACCUUUUUUUAAUGUUAUUGCAUCCAGGAAGUGAAUAAAUAAUUUUACAGGUUUAAAGUAGAAUCCGUUACAAACAAUAGAACAAAAAUCCAAACUACAAAACGUUAAAAUCGUUCGCAAAACGUAACCAAAGAAGUAUUGAGGUACUUGCAAAACGUUUGACGUAGCCUGAGAGCGUAGGCUUCGGCGAGCGGAGUCGGCCCGCGUCCUACGUGGGUCUGUCGGGGCGAGUGCCAGGCCUUGGAGCGUCGUUGGCUCCUGCGCUUGGACGCGCAGCUGCGCCUCCCGCUCGGCCAGCAGCUCCGCAGAGCGGCCCUGGUUCUCUUAAGGGGCACCGUAGCCCUAAGAAAAUGGUAUUUUAUUUCCGAAAUUAGUAUGUUCAAUCUCUGAUCUUCCAUUUGAAACUUGACAGUUUGGAGAAUUGUCAUAUGGUAUUUGGAGCGCAGUUUCUUCAGCCAUCUAGCAAUUCUGUAAUUAGAUCAAC